GCUGCAACAACAAACUUGGGGAGAGGUGGUUUUUUGUGGUGGAGGUACCGGUAAUGAUGGUAAUUUUGAUGAAGGUUUUCGGAGUGGUGGUCUUUGUGGUAAUUGUGGUGUUGGUAAUAAUGGUGGGUAUAAUUGUGCUGGCUAUAGAUCGUGGCUGCUGAUAGAGGAUGCGUAUGUACAAUCUACAACUGAUGUCAUUUUAUUAUCAGUUUGCAUGUUCACCACAUGUACGCGUGCUUAAUGUAGAAUUUAUUCCUUGCAAAAGGUUUCUAUUUGGUGUUUGAACAUGUUAACACCUGUUUUAUAGCCAGAACGGGUAAACAAAACACUAUUGUUAUUUUGAAUUCAUUGAUACUGACAAAAAAGGUCCCAUUUUGUCAUUUUCUUUUCACGCUUUUCCUUGGUAGGCAGCACCAUGGCUUCAGACCGCCAGGCCAUCUGGGCGAAGAAACGGCUCUUCUUCUUGACUCCGCACGUAAUGAAGAACGACCUCUGCAGUGAAGCUUGCCCUGCGGCGGCCGUCAAGUGCUUGGUCGUCGAUGAAGCCCACAAAGCGAUGGGAAACUACUCCUAUUGCCAGGUGGUGAAGCAGCUCGUCGGUUAUUCGCGCCAGUUCCGCGUCCUUGCUCUGAGCGCGACCCCUGGCAGUGAUCGGCAGGUGAGCCUCCCCACCCCACUGGGACACAUGCUUUUGUCGACUGUUGGGUCUGCUCUCACUUGAACACCAGAGGGACUUUCUAACGCCAUCCUACAGGUCCCGGUUGAAGGGUACCAGGACAGAGAGGUCGGGCCGUGGAGCAGCUGGAUGAUGAACGCCGUGUUUUGGACAGGGAAAUUGAUGAUGGAUGUUGUGCAGAUCGCAAAUGACUGCAAUAGGUGGAAGGUGUUGAUUACUAAAGCAUCAUUACAUACUUGCCAGCUCACUGAUUCUAAAAAAACAUUUUACCACAUGCUACUUUGUUCAUAAUAAAGGUUUU